CACACAUAAAACUCGCUGCUGUAGACUCGUAUAAAUGGGUUCGCAUCAGCAUACGUACGGCUGUCACGCAUGGAUUGAACACUAUGUGGCUACUUAUCGGGAUUGUGUGGUUCAUCGAACUGGCCACUUGCGUUGCACAAGCGCAAGGCAAAACACCAGAUUCAACUGCGUUCUCAAACUACAAUGUGGCGUUAAAACAUGCAUCAAAUAACACCUGUCCAUAUUUGAUUCAUGGCUCGAAGAAGUUGCCCGUGAUAUGUUGGGUUUGUCACUUUCCACAUGGAAUGAGCCAGAGCAACCGAUACACCUACGACUGCUGUCCCGGGUACGAAAGAAGCACCAUGGUGAAUAAUAAAUGUGUUCAGAUGGAAGUCACAUGGAAACCGAUUAUCCAAUAUUUACGAGAUCGAGGAUAUGUAAAGGCCGCCCAGGCCCUGAACACUAAUACGGGUAUAGAAGAUUUGGCCACCAGUCUAGCCAAUAGUGUAUACACUGUGUUUGUACCACAGGAAGAUAAUGACUUGGACGACGCAGACCCGAGCUAUUCUGGUCGGGACAACGCAGCGCGGAUGUUGGUCGCCGCCGGUAGACACUACUCAUAUGGUUUCACCAAUGGACGCAAAAUUCGGAAUGAACAUUCAACGGACCUGAAAAUUACAACUUACUCCAACGGGCUGGUCUUCAUAGAGUGCAAAAUGUUACUCAGUGUCGACCACGAAACUACCAACGGACUUGUGCACUAUACAGACGGAGUAAGUUCGAUUCCAUGUUUUGUAGAGUAA